AUGGAGCAGCUGAGGAAGGACACAAAUAUCUGCUCUGACGACAUCAUCCGCACCUUCAUUUCGCGCCGGGUGCUUCCCCUCCAGCGCCGGGCUCAUAAGAUAAGCGAGAUGUACAGCCCUCGCGACCCCACCAAGAUCACCGGCCUCCCUUUAAGCAAGGAGGAUAUAGUCCUCAAAGCUAGGCAGAUUUGGCAGACUGACAUGCCGAUGGACUGGGAGUGGGGCUUCCUUCCCCUCAGCUCCACCAAUCCUCCAACUCGUGAAGCAAAAGAGCGCUUUCCUCGCAUUGCUACGGAGGAGCGAGGCCCUUGCCGGAAGCGGGACCUGGACAAGGUGGAUCCGAAUCCAUACGUGCAUUGGACCGAACUCAAGAUGGGCGGCACCCACGCUUCGCGCCCCGAUGCUCCCUCAGCCAGCGCCAACCCACAGGUCGUGGACCACGUUACCCCGCUACAGGCCGAGGUUGGCCAGGAGUUCUUGGAUAAACUCGCCUCUCAGGGCAAGAAGAACAAGGCUCCGGUAACUGAAGCCGGCUCAAGCCACGCUCCUCCCGCCAAGCGCGCCCGGCAAGAAGUUGUCGGCGGGAAGACGGUUUCCAAGAAGCACUACCGGAGGCGUGAGAUGCCGGUUGCUUCUGGGGCUGUGCUCAAGAUCUCCAAGAGCGCCACCGGCAUGAGGCCGGAAAGCUCUGAGGAAGCUGCGAGGACCUCAUCUCCUCCUCAAGCAAGCCCGGUACCAUCUGGUGCCGAGACUCAAGACACCGGCGCCAGCAACACCGGCGCCGAUACUAAAGCUGCCGAGAGGGCGGAACCUCAGGUUCCUCCCGCCCCGAAGAAAAAGAAGAAGAGGACUCCUGCUUCCUCCCCCUCGAAGACCGUGCCGGACUCUUCCGUGCCGGCAAGCUCUGCUCCGGCACAGGACGCGCCUAACGCUCCUGCGCCGCCCAAGACUGCGCCCGUGCCUCCAGCAACUACCUUUACCGGCGAGCCAGCCGCCGCCAAGCCAACACCGCCGCCAAGCCAAGGACCCGCAGCGGCCACGUCUGCACCUCCAGAGGGCACCAAGCUCUCCAGGCCAAAACCAGCUUCGGCAGCCACCGCAGCCAGCUCUGGCCCGCAGUCCCUUAUACUGCACGCCGGUCACGCCGCUAUUGUGGCCGGGGAAACGGCUUCAGCUCAGCUGGGCCGGAUCACCGAGCUUACCCGCGGAGGAACCGAGCUAGGGCAUCUCCUUGAUUACGCUGAGAAGUGGAAUCAAGCGGAUGAGUCCCCGGCGACGCGCGGCUUGGGGAAUGACAAGAUGACGGUCAUCGAUUGA